ACAUUGAAAGUACACGACAUUGAGUUGGGUUUCAUCUGUGAUGCUGAACAAGACAAGACAGCAGAUCCAAGCAGGUCCGCUACAGCGUUACAGUAAGCAGCUGGGCUUGAAGGAAGAUGGGCGUCUUUAGGUGGUACCUGUUCCUGUUUUCGCUCUUUCACUCUUCGUAUGCAGUAUCUACAAUUGAAGCACCACGCUCCUUCAGCAUUGAUUAUGAAAACAAUCAGUUCCUCCUAAAUGGAAAUCCAUUCCGAUAUGUGUCUGGAUCAUUGCACUAUUUUCGGGUGCCACGAGCUUAUUGGAGAGAACACUUGCGUAAACUGAGAGCUGCAGGGCUCAAUGCUGUUUCCACGUAUGUAGAAUGGAGUCAACACGAACCUUCACCAGGCCAUUUUGAAUUCUCUGGAGAGCUUGAUCUCCAACAUUUCAUUCAUUUGGCACAAGAAGAAGACCUCUUAGUUCUUCUUCGACCUGGUCCUUAUAUUUGUGCUGAGAGGGAUAUGGGAGGCCUCCCACCUUGGCUGCUUACUGUAAAACCUGACAUUUAUCUUCGUACUAAUGAUACAACCUAUAUGGAGUAUGCAGAGAGAUAUCUGAAUUAUUUGAUGAGCAGUGUACAAACACAGUUGUAUGGAAAUGGUGGACCAAUCAUCAUGGUUCAGAUUGAAAAUGAAUAUGGCAGUUACAAGGCAUGUGAUUCAAACUACACAGCUCGGCUUCGGGAUAUUGUUAAAAAUAUUGUGGGUAAUGCUGCUGUGCUAUACACUACAGAUGGAGCUGGAUCAUCAUAUCUUAGAUGUGGGAAAAUUGAAGGUGUAUAUGCAACUGUAGACUUUGGAACAGGUACAGACGUGGAUACAGCAUUUUUGGCCCAGCGGAUGUAUGAACCCCGUGGACCACUCAUAAACUCGGAGUUCUAUGCAGGCUGGCUGACUCACUGGGGAGAGGCACUCCAGAGAGUUGACACUGAUGCAAUAGUGAAAACUUUGGAUGCAAUGCUGGCACGCAAUGCUUCUGUUAACUUCUUCGUGUUUCAUGGAGGCACCAACUUUGGAUUCUUGGCAGGUGCCAAUUAUAUGAACAGCUACCAACCUCAGCUUACAUCUUAUGACUUUGAUGCCCCUAUCUCAGAGGCAGGAGAUCCUACGAACAAAUAUUUUGCUAUAAAGGAAGUCAUUGGCAGGUACCUGCCACUUCUUGAUAAUACAGAAAUUACUCCUGCACCAAAAGGUAAUUACAGCACGGUAUUAUUGAGCCCUGUUGCUCCUCUGCUGGAUCAGAACAUUAGGCAAAAGCUCGGCAAGGAGCCACUCAGAAGCCAGUUCCCCCUUACUUUUGAGGAAAUUGGUCAGCGAUAUGGGUUCGUGCUGUAUGAAACUAUACUAGCGUGGUCUGUGCCUGAUCCUGCAUUGUUCAGUAUUCCAGGUAUCAGCGACAGGGCAAUUGUGCUACUGGAUGAUGUGCCCAAAGGAAUUUUGAGUCGCAGUGAGAAGAUUACAUCAAUGCCUUUGUCAGUUUCUGAAGGUACAAAAAUCCAGGUUCUAGUGGAAAAUCAAGGACGUAUCAACUAUGGCUCCAUGAUCAACGAUUUCAAGGGGCUUGUAACCAAUGCAACACUCGGAGGUGAAGUGCUGGAAGACUGGAUAAUUACUGGAUUUCCCCUACAUGAUAUUUCAAGGCUCAGUGUCAGCAAUAAUGAUAAUUACACCUUCCAAGGUCCAGCAUUCUUCCAGGGUACAUUCACUCCCGAGUCUGAUUCUAAGCCACUUGAUACAUUUCUAGAUCCCACAGGAUGGGGAAAGGGAGUGGCAUUCAUUAAUGGUUUCAAUUUAGGACGCUACUGGCCAAUUCUUGGACCACAGGUGACGCUCUAUGUCCCAGGGUGCCACUUGAAGCCAUACCCAGAUCUUAAUGAGUUAAUAUUGUUGGAACUGGAGAAGGCAAACAGUCCACAAUAUAGUGUGAAUUUUGUACCAGAGCCAAUAUUGGACAAACAGCCACCAGUACAUACUCUGACUGAACAUACUGCAUACUUACCAGUGCCACCUCAGCUAAAUCAAGGACCAGCACCAGAGGCAAGUGUUACUGUGCUUCCAGUAUAAUGAACGUAACAUGGAAAAUGUAAACACUUCUCUUAUUAUUUUAACCUUUUCUGUGCUGCCUAGUCUAUUUAAGUUACUGUGUAUGUAAAUCUUCUAAUUUUCAUUGUCUGAAAACUGAAAAGGAUAAUUUGAAAUGUAAAGAGAUGGGGAGGUUUUUCUGGAUGAUAAAUGCUGCAACUGAAGCCAAUCACAGUGGAAAAGGUUACAUUAAAAAUAAAGAAGUUAUGGACAGUAUAUAUGCUCAUGUAACGUUGAUUCAUCAAGCAGGGCUACAAAUAUUGCAAGCUGUCAGAAGUUAAUUCCCAGAGCAAUAAAAAGGGAACAAAACAACACAAACUUCUGAAAGCUCUAAGUAUAUACAUAAGGGGAAUGUGGAUUACUGUCAGUCAUGUGUGGAAGGUUAAUACAAUAAAUAUAUCUUCUACAAUAAGA